AUCUGUAGAGAGGCUGAGUCAGCUGUUUUCCAUCAUCAGCUGUUUGAGGAGUUACGUAAAGAGACCCCCACCCCCACAGAUGCCACCCACACUGUUGCCAUAGCAGCAGUGGAAGCGUCCUUCAAAUGUAUGGCAGCUGCUAUUAUUGUGAUCACAACAUCAGGAAGAUCCGCCCACCUGAUCUCGGCCUACAGACCUCGGUGUCCCAUCCUGGCCAUCACACGGAUAGAACAGACAGCCAGGCAGUGUCAUCUCUUCAGGGGGAUCUUCCCUAUCCAUUAUGUGGAUCCCGUCAUGAGUGAGUGGACAGUGGAUGUCGACCGUCGGAUUUACAAGGGAAUCCAGAUAGGAACGGAUCGUGGAUUUAUCCAGAAAGGUGAUCCGGUUAUCAUCAUCACGGGCUGGAAGCCUGGAUCUGGAUCAACCAACACGAUGAGGAUCAUCAAUGCUGUAGACGUAGCUAAAUCUGACCUACUGGCCCCCAUUACAGGUAUAACCAGUGUGCCAAGUUUCAACAAAAUUGAGAGUGAUUUAUCUACAAAUACUUCUGCUUCAUCUGUCUCGGAGUCUAAAGGAUCCAAAGACGACGUAAAAUUCUUCUAAGAACUUCUACGAUAAAAUUAAUUUUUCGCCCCCCAGAGACACUGAAAAUUAACAAUAGUGCCAGGGGCAGAUACAUGUAACUAACCCCUAAGAGAAGUUGGUUUUUACUCAGUGAUGCAGUUAGGGAGCUUUGAACAACUGCUACAUGUAAUUGUGUGUUUUUAUUAGAAUUUUUUUUUCCUUGUGAUGGUAUGUGUGUCUGUUAAAGAAGAGAAGAUAAGAUAUAUAUUGUAUUGUUGAUUUUUAGAACUGUUCCAAUUUGUUCAUGUUAAAAAGAAAAAAAGUGCUAGAUGAAUAUAUUUUUAUUUUAAAAAUAAUGUUUUUACCUGUGUACUGUGUGUAUAUGUUAGAUUUAAUAGUUACAAUGUAAAAAACAUUUCCUGUAAAAUAUGACGAUGCAUGUAACUGAUGUAGUAGACCCCCCAGCAGUUGCAUAGAAAUUCCUGGUGUAUAUACAUGUAUGCUACUUGCAGUAAAGAAAUAUUUAUAAAUAUUUUGUCUGAUAACAUAAAUAUAUGUCAGGGAUUAUUUUUUUCAAUGAAGAAAGUAAAUAUACUGAUACACACUGAUAUGAAACAUCUAGGAUGUGAAUCUCACUUAGUACAGGUUUUUGUGGCUUAAUGUGUAAAAAAUGGUGCAGGUUUUAGCAACCAUUUAAGUAAAAAUUAAAAUAUAUCUGCUGUUAGUAUUGCAUUGAAUGGCAAACUGCUUGGAAAAACGAUGUAUCCCUGACUGUCCAUUUCAUGAAGCAACGAAUUAAAUUCAAAUAAAAAAAUUGUUAUCGUUGAAGUAUAAAUUAAAUCAUGUUUAAACAUGAUUUCCUUGGUAUGCAUUGCUGCAUGGACAGACAGAAGCUGAUGCGAAAAUUUUAAUGUUAAUGUAAAACUGGUGUUGUUUUGCCUCGAUCUGUAAAGUUACCAAUAUAUAUAAUAAGAAAAAUACUAUCAGUUGUUUGGAAAUAAUCCCAAAAGCCUUUUUUUAUUAGCCUUUUUUUGUAAAUUUAAAUAUUAAAGAUUUUUUGUUUUACUUGCUGUACUAGCUGCAAUAAUGUAGCCCUCUCCCUU